AUGUGUAUUCUUUGCCUUCUGCGCCUGUACGCCCUUCUGGCUCCUCAAAAGUGCCUUCUUCUUCGCGCAAUGACACCGAAGCUGGUACAAGGCCCCCAACAGCCGAUGGAAAAUUUAAGAAUAAGAAGGCAAAAUUUCAAGAAGAUGACUCGCCAAGAUGGAAGCCUGAUGACUCUUGCUCAGGUAACCGCUGAGAAUGCUCGGUGGGAGGACAGGCAGUUGUUCAGAUCAGGAGCUGUUAGAAGAACAGAGGUGCAGAUGGAGUUCGACGAUGAGGAGGAGCGUAAGGUGAUACUACUUGUUCAUGACACGAAACCCCCAUUCCUUGAUGGACGAGUAGUGUUCACAACGCAAGCAGAGCCUGUGAUGCCACUCAAGGACCCGACAUCUGAUAUGGCUAUCAUUGCGCGCAAAGGUUCUCUUUUGGUUAGGGAAAUUCGUGAAAAGCAGAGUAUGAACAAGUCAAGGCAACGCUUCUGGGAGCAUGCUGGAUCUAAGCUAGGAAAUAUUUUGGGUGUUGAGAGAACAGCCCAGCAGGCUGAUGCUGACAGUGCGCUUGUUGGUGACCAAGGUGAUGUUGACUUCAAAGAGAAGCUGAAAUUUUCACAACACUUGAAGGAAAAGGCAGAGGCAGUCAGUGAUUUUGCAAAAUCGAAAUCUCUUUCUCAACAGAGGCAAUACCUUCCCAUAUACACUGUCAGGGAUGGCCUGCUCGGAGUUGUGCGGGAAAAUCAAGUGGUUGUGGUCGUUGGUGAAACUGGUUCUGGGAAGACUACCCAGCUGACUCAGUAUCUGCAUGAGGAUGGAUAUACCAGAACUGGCCUUGUUGGCUGCACUCAGCCAAGACGUGUGGCUGCCAUGAGUGUUGCUCGGCGUGUCAGUGACGAAAUGGAAACCGUGCUUGGAGAAGAAGUUGGAUAUGCUAUUCGAUUCGAGGAUGUCACGUGUCGUAACACAAAAAUAAAGUAUACAGAUGGAGUGCUUCUCCGUGAAACCUUGAAGGAUGCUGACCUGGACAAAUAUCAGGUUAUCAUCAUGGAUGAAGCACACGAGAGAUCAGUGGACACCGAUGUAUUGUUUGGUAUAUUGAAGAAGGUUGCUGCACGGCGACGGGAUUUUAAGCUAAUUGUCACAUCUGCAACACUAAAUGCAGACAAAUUCUCAAAAUUCUUUGGUGGUGCACCUGUAUUUCACAUACCUGGAAGGACAUUUCCAGUUAAUAUCUUGUACAGCAAAACACCAUGUGAAGAUUAUGUGGAAGCGGCAGUGAAGCAGGCCAUCACAAUCCACAUAACGAGUGGCCCUGGCGACAUUCUCAUAUUCAUGACUGGGCAGGAAGAAAUCGAGACUGCUUGCUAUGCGUUUGCUGAGCGCAUGAAACAGCUAAUAUCAUCAUCCACCAAGGUUGUAGGCAAGCUCUCAAUCUUGCCCGUCUAUUCGCAGUUGCCUGCUGACUUGCAGGCCAAGAUCUUUCAGAAGGCAGGAGAGGGCACUCGCAAAUGCAUUGUUGCUACCAACAUCGCUGAGACAUCCCUGACAGUAGAUGGUAUCUUGUAUGUCAUCGAUACUGGGUAUGGAAAGAUGAAGGUAUACAAUCCACGGAUGGGCAUGGACGCUCUUCAGGUUUUUCCAUGUAGUCGAGCAGCCGCAGACCAGCGCGCAGGGCGUGCAGGAAGAACUGGCCCCGGCACAUGCUACAGGCUGUUCACGGAAUCCGCUUACCAGGAUGAGAUGCUCCCUAACCCCGUGCCAGAGAUCCAAAGGACCAACCUUGCGAACGUGGUUCUCUUACUGAAAUCCCUCGAAGUCGAAAAUUUGCUUCAUUUUGACUUCAUGGACCCACCUCCCCAGGAGAAUAUCCUCAACUCCAUGUACCAGCUCUGGCUGUUGGGUGCCUUGAACAAUGCCGGUGGCCUUACAAAUCUAGGCUGGAAGAUGGUGGAGUUCCCAUUGGACCCAACCCUGGCAAAGAUGCUUCUCAUGGGUAAGGAGCUGGGGUGCGUUGAUGAAGUACUGACGAUUGUAUCCAUGCUCUCAGUGCCAUCAGUAUUCUUCCGCCCAAAAGAUCGAGAAGAGGAGAGUGACGCUGCAAGGGAGAAGUUUUUUGUACCGGAGUCUGACCAUCUAACACUCCUCAAUGUAUACCUGCUCUGGAAGUCGAACGAAUAUAGCGUAGACUGGUGCAAUGCUCACUUCCUCCAUUUCAAGGGUCUACAAAAGGGUCGGGAAGUGAGAUCUCAAUUGGUGGACAUACUGAACACCCUGAAGAUCCCGCAGACAUCAUGCCAUAGGGAAUGGGACGUGGUGAGGAAGGCCAUCUGCUCAGCGUACUUCCAGAACUCUGCAAGGUUGAAGGGUGUUGGAGAGUACGUCAACUGCCGUAAUGGGGUGCCGUGCCACCUGCAUCCCAGCAGUGCCCUCUACGGUCUCGGCUACACCCCUGACUACAUCGUCUACCACGAGCUUGUCCUGACAACCAAGGACUAUAUGCAGUGUGUCAGUGCAGUUGACCCGCAGUGGCUGGUAGAGCUGGGGCCCAUGUUCUUCUCUGUGAAGGAGGGUGACACUUCCUUCCUUGACCGCAGGAGGUGGCAUAAUGAGGAGAAGAUGGCCAUGGAAGAGGAGAUGGAGAAGCUGAGGCAGGAGCAAGCUGAGGCGGCAUGCAGAGUGAAGGGGAGGGAGAAGAGGGGCAAGCCGCAGCAGCAGGUUGCUAUGCCAGGCCUGAAGAAAGGUUUGGCGUAUCUUAGGCCCAGAAGGAGGAUGAGUUUGUAGGUAGGAAGGUUGAGUGCGUAUGUUUGUAUGUGCUGAUAUAAUCACACAUGAAUGAAUGCAUUAUGUGGGACACACACCUGUCAGGAAGCAUAGCAUUACUUUCGUGUUUGUUUAUAUGUUAAUUUUUAGCGGAUUUGCUACUUCGCAGUCGACUGCUAAUUUCUUAGUAGUGCAACAUUGUUGGUAGAAACCUAAUACUGCUCCAAUUUAGUUACAUUGUGAACCACUUUGUUGAUAACAUUAUACUCCACAUAUCUUUCCCAUACCUGUGGCUUCAUAAUUUUAUUGUAUAGCAUCCACUGCUUUGUAUUUCCUAGGUCUUCUAAUGCUAAUUAAUUUUGUUGCACAAAAGUUGUUUGUGCAGUAUCAAGAGAGCCUGCUGUUGCUUUCCUGGUUUAUUCAGCUCACCGCUUUUAUGGUGUUUCCACAUUACAACAAGUUUAAGUGAGUAUACUUAUUAAGAUUCAGUAUCAGUGGUCCAAAUCAUGUGGAUGCAGAAACAUCAGUUAAUCAGCACUCAGAUGUUGUUGACCAGAUUCAGGUCGAAUUUCCUCUGAAACCAAUUCACAAGGAAAGAGUUAUCUUUGAGAUCAGAUUCACAGAACUAUAAGCACGCUUUGUUACAUAUAUAAACAUUUAUCAGAUUAUGUGCUGCAACUUCAUUGUAGAUUCAAAUUUCCAGUUGAAUCCUGAUUUUUUUUCCAAUUCAAUUUUCACGCCAUCCCUUAGCUAGGUUUACACAAGUUUAUCUUAUGCAUUAGAUUCCUGUUUCCAUAUAGAACAUGGAACAUAAAAGUUGCUUAAGUCUCAACUGGAAGUUUAAUAAGUACAAUACAUGUAAGCAGGCAAUCUGAUGAUGACUAUAAUUAGAGCUGUAUAUUUCCUUUGUUUCACAUUAAAUAGUAGGCUGAAUUGUACAAUCUACUGCAACAAAUUUCGGUCUUUAUAUCUUGUAUUGCCAAUUUCAACAAAAACAGACUCUAAUUUCAGCAAGCACAAGAUACUAUAUGAUGUCAAUGUGCAGGCUGCUGUCUGUCGAGUUGAGGUGCUCACCUUGAAUCCUGAAUAUUUCCUAGUUUAUUCAUAUGCUGAUGGAAUGCUAGUGGCAAAAUUCGGACGGCUUGUGUUUAAUUAGUGCUUCUGUGUGAAAUUUUUGCUUUGUUCCAUCGUAGUAAUGACAAGUUGGCAAUGCCAAUAUAAUACUCCAUUAUGGAUGAACUACGCUUGAUGCUAGUAGCUUUACCAUAUCCACUUUUUAUUUUAUUUCAUUUUUUGCAACAAUGGGCAGGAGCGCGCUGUCAUGCAUUAUAAGUUGAGGGGAAGCUAUGUUCUACUGUCGUCACUUUGUUUUCUGAGUGUCAACUGUGCGAGUUUUUGGAAUCGGAUGAAACCUUAAGAGCAUGAUGGCCUGUACUAAAGUGUACAUGCAAGUGAAGUGACCCCUGUGGUCUGCCUUGCUUCUUAAUUAUGUUUUGACCAGCAAUAACUUUUAGAGAAGAUCAAAGUAACCCGUAUGCCUUUGGCCGCAGGCAGCAGCACCAUCAUGGACAGAAGAUGCUCCUCUAUGUUGCCUUAGUUCAUAUGCUAAUGCAUGGACAGAAGAUGCUCCCUGUGCCGCGCAUAGCUUUGUUAGGUGCAUUGGUCGUAUUUACAGCAAGUACAGUAGAAAACAAUAAUCUAGUUCUUGCGUUUCCUCUGGCUCAAGUGAUUACGACCCUUUGUGAUGUAUUGUGUAUUCUUGUGUGCAACAUUCAGUUUCAUUUGGUUGCCUGAUCAA